AUAGCGCGGAACGAUACGUCAAAUCUUACAGUGGUGAGGUUUAGCAACAGUUGCCUUGAGAAUAAACGCCAUAGUCACCGUAGUCCUGGCGACUGUUACCCGCCAACGACAAGUGUAUAAUGGCCACACAAGCUUCAUGAACCCGCCCAUAGUCAAGGCCAGUCAUAUCAUUCUGAGACAUCCUAUUUACUCAUUCUUUUUUCAUCUAUCGCCAGAGUCCAACUAACCGAGUGGAUUAUGGCAACACAGAGUUUUGUGAAUGAAAUGCAGACCGUACAUGUAUCUGGUACAGCACAGCAAGCACAGCACCAACCUGCACAGACAACCAUCAUCGCAACACAGCCAGUCUCCGCCCACUCCAUCCAGCCCACCUCGCACACCAUCCAAUCAAAUCAACAGUUCCUGCAAUUAGCAACAGAAGUGAUGGACACGCCAAGCUCCGGCACCACGGUGACCCUGCAGACGACCCCGUCCGGUGUCCAGCAGACGCGGCAGCCCACCGUCUAUCAAGGACAACUGCAGUACGUACAGGGGCCCGAUCACCGACACACCAAUUCCAUCUAUGCUAACGGCGCUAUGACCAACCCCUAUCCUUACAGUGAAGCCGCCACCAUGUACCAGGCAACCCCGGUUAAUUACUUUGGUCAGGGUGGGGUCUCGUCCGCCAAUCUCCAGACGCUGGGGUCGCAGAACACCGUCACGGGAGUGAUGGGUGGGACCCUGGUCGGAGGGUCGGUCAUCGGGGGCUCGGUUCUAGGAGGUUCCCAGCUCAUCGCUCAGCCUGGAAGGACCUACCUGGUGCAAGGGCACAGCAUAGAUGGUGAUGGUCACCCCAUUACACACACUACAAGGGCAUCUCCAGCUACAGUCCCUACCUCACUGGCUCAACAGGUUCAAUGGUUGCUGGAUAACUACGAGACGGCGGAAGGGGUCAGUCUACCCCGUAGCACCCUGUACAACCACUACCUGAGGCACUGUCAGGAACACAAGCUAGACCCGGUGAACGCUGCGUCGUUUGGUAAACUGAUUCGAUCGGUGUUCUUGGGACUCCGCACAAGGAGGUUAGGCACAAGGGGAAAUUCAAAGUACCACUACUAUGGUAUCCGCAUCAAGAGCACAUCAUCAUUAAAUCAGUUCCAAGACGACAGUGGACAUACAGCCAUGAGACAACAGCCCAUCAACUCAGCGAAAAGGUUCAAGCCUUCCCCCAUGGGUGGCAAACCAGAGGACGGCAGCCCCAACGCCGGAGGGGCCGGGGGCAACUCUGGGGACCACGUCCCAUCACAAACCCAGCAGCACCAGCAGUUCUUGGGCGACUCCACGCAGGUCCUGCCAGAGUUCAAGGAACUCAUUGUGGAAACGGACCUCUUGCCCGAGGGAUUGGAUUCAGAGGAUGUUGAAGUCUUUCAGUCUUUAUAUCGUGAACAUUGUGAGUCGAUACUUGAUGUAGUAGUCAACCUACAGUUUCCUCUUAUCGAGCAGCUAUGGCAAACAUUCUGGAGAUGUCCGCCCCCAGAUGUACCAUUAGACGAAGAGCAAGAAAAGCAGCUAGAUAAGGAUAAACUCUUUGCCCUGUGUAAACUGGUCCCUAUCCAGACCUACAUCAAACACUAUGAUCACAUCCUUUACCAAGGGCUUGUUGAGGUGUUAAUUCCAGAUGUCCUUAGACCCAUCCCCAGUGCCUUGACUCAAGCUAUCAGAAAUUUUGCCAAGAGCUUAGAGAGCUGGCUAAGGAAUAGCAUGAGCAACUGUCCCGCAGAGAUGCUUAGUCUAAAGGUUGGAGCUGUGACGGCCUUUGCCCAGACCCUCCGUCGGUAUACCUCCCUCAACCAUCUGGCCCAGGCUGCAAGGGCUGUCCUGCAGAACACGUCACAGAUCAAUCAGAUGCUCAGUGAUCUCAACAGGGUAGACUUUGCAAAUGUUCAGGAGCAAGCAUCAUGGGUAUGCCAGUGCGACGAUGCCGUGGUCCAGCAGCUGGAGCAGGACUUCAAGAGGACGCUACAGCAGCAGAACUCCCUGGAGCAGUGGGCGGCAUGGCUCAAGGGUGUGGUCACCCAGAUACUGGAACCCCACGAAGGCUCGCCGUACUUUGCCAAGGCAGCUCGACAGUUUCUUCUCAAGUGGUCUUUCUACAGCUCAAUGGUGAUCCGUGACCUGACAUUGCGGAGUGCAGCUAGCUUUGGGUCCUUCCAUCUGAUCCGUCUGCUGUAUGACGAGUACAUGUUCUAUCUGAUCGAGCACAAAGUGGCCUCAGCAACGGGAGAGACGCCCAUUGCUGUCAUGGAUAAAGUCGACAGCAGGGGGGAGAGGAUAUCGAUGAGUGCGGAUAGCAUCACAGAGAACGGCGAUGGGAUCGAUAUCAAGAAGAGCCCAUCAUCGACGCCUACUACCGCAACCGUCAAUUCCUCCAUCACGCUCGCUACAGGCAGCAACGGCAGCACGAAAUGAAAGGGAGAUGUACAAAUUCUAAUAAACUCUGUGGGUGGUAUUCUCGAAAAGAGACUAACUUUAGUCCAUGGUUUAAUCCACCGACUAAGUAUCGAAUGCCAAGUGUCCACAUGAAUAUAUUUUUGAAUAGUUUAAUCUGUCACUAAAUUAAAAUUAAAUGUAAUAACAUAAUUAAUAAACAACAAUAG